GCACUUACAAUACUAAUUUGUAUGGUAGUACAAUACUAAUUUGUAUGGUAGUAUUAAAGCAAAUAUUAUUGAUUUCAUAUAAUCAAAUAACCAUGCAUUAGUAGAAGUAGCUGUACAAGCAGUUUAUCUCUUAAGACACUUUUCAAUGUUGAUACAACAUAGUUGUAUUUUAAAUGCUUAAGAAUAAAAUAUUCAUAUUUUUGCAAAAUGUAAAAUGUUUCCUUCUUCUAUUGGACUCAGCUUGGGUCACACCUUGGAACUCCUAUUUGAAAAAGGACAAAAUAAGGAGUUUAAUGGCAGUGUGGUCAUUUGUCGCCAUCUAGUGGUCAGACAAACAAAUGGCCAGUAUUAGCGGUGUAAUCUUUUUAUCUUCUGAGGGCUUUUCAGCUGAGGCUACUUCAAGGGUUUUUCUCAGGAAGAUGCGGACUUGUUUGAUGAGAUCUUGUAGACUAGUUUGUUUAGCAUUGGUCGCCCCUUUUUAUUUGCUGCAGUUCAUUGGACUGCGCAGUUUAUACAAACGCGUAUUCCCCUUCCUCGCAAACACGAUAACAAUUACUUACAAUGACAAAAUGCACAAUUUCAAGAGGGAACUCUUUCGAAACCUCGCGAGGUUCGCGAACGCAGACGGUUCGCUUCGGUUGCUGGAGAUCGGCUGUGGCAGCGGAGCAAACUUUAGGUAUUACCCGUACGGCUGCGCGGUGAUCUGCACUGAACCCAACCCGCACAUGGAGCCGUACCUGCGUUUGAGCAUGGACGCAAAUCAGCACCUGACUUAUGAGGAGGUUUUAGUUCUUCCAGGUGAGGACCUGAGGGACGUUCGGGACGAAUCGGUGGACGUUGUGGUCUGCACGCUGGUGCUGUGCUCUGUGAACGAUGUGGGAAGAGUCCUGCAGGAGGCCCGACGCGUUCUCAGACGUGGAGGAGCUUUGUAUUUUCUGGAGCAUGUGGUCUCUGAUCCCUCCACGUGGACAUACUUCUGUCAGUAUGUGUUUGAGCCUCUGUGGUACCUCCUGGGGGAUGGCUGCACAGUUACCAGGGCAACGUGGAGAAACCUGGAGGCGGCUGGCUUUGCUGAACUUCACCUAAGACAUAUAGAGGCUCAAGAAGUUUCUUUAAUGAUUAGGCCACAUAUUAUGGGAUAUUCAAUUAAAUGAAACAUAUGAACCCUUUUCUUGGUUCUAUACUUAAUAUAUUAAUUUCUUCAUAUUUAGUUUACUGCUUUCUAACUUUUCUAGUAAAGUUUUUUUUUUUUUUUUUUUAUCAGUAAGACUGUUAUGGCACAGAUCUAUUUCUAAAGCUUUUCUUACUUGAUAAACAUCAGACAAACACGCUUUCUACUGAGUGAAAAUAUAUUUAUUUACUCACCGAAUCAGCAACAUUUCAUAUGCUCUUUGUUUUUCACUCCCCAUCCCCCCCAAAGAUGUACAAAUAAAUAUUAACUGGA